AAGUCUGACUUUCCCCCCAUCCACGGCUAUAUAUGGCGCGAAAUCAAUCAAACCCGCCGCCUCCAAAGCAGAAAGGAAACCCCGCGAAAGGAAAAGCCUCACAAAUUAAGCUGGAAGCCAACAAGGAGAAGGCGACGACGGCGGCGGCGAGCGAUCGCAAGGUUAUGGCCGGCGGCGCGAGCCUCCUGCACGCGGUGGCGGCGCUGAUGAGCACGUGCACGCGCCGGCUGCAGCGCGCGGCGAGGCGGGUGUCGUCCGCCGCCGCGGGGGCGGGGAAGCAGGGGGCGUCGUCCCGCGCCGUGGUGCCGUGGAGGAAGGCGCUGUCGCUGCCCGCCGCGGCGACGGCGAAGGUGAAGGCGGCGGCGGCUGCGGCGAGGCGGGAGGAGGGGGACUCCGGCGGGCUGUGGCGGAAGGAGAUCCUGAUGGGUGAGCGGUGCCAGCCGCUGGACUUCUCCGGGGUGAUCUACUACGACGCCGACGGCCGCCGCCUCGCGCACCCGCCGCCGCCGCGCUCCCCGAUGCGCAGCCCUCUCCCGGUCUCCGGCAAGCUCGCCGCCAACGCCCGCGCCGCGUACUAGCUAGCCCGCGCCGUGUUCUUGGGCAGGGCAGCCUCUCCGCGGAUGAGCGGCGGUGGUCGCCGGCGGCGAAGCUUGCUCGCGGCUGCUCUGUUCUUCUUGUGGGUGCUCGUGUUGUGUACAUGUAGCUGAUCAUCACUAGAUUAAUUUAAUUAAUGGUGUUCUUGCUGCCUGCCCUUCUCUUAAUCUCUCCUUGUGUCUUCUCUAAUGGUCAUGUGUAAUGAUAGAUUUAUUAUGCAGGGAUUUUAUUGAUAAUUAUAUAUAUUGCAAGUCGAUCAGCAAGAUUUGGUCA